GUUUGGUUUUCUACUGCGAUUCUUGUUUCUACUGUUGUCCAAUGCUGGAAUCCCAUCAGCUGGUCACCUCAAGCGCUUUGAGAAGUUAUCUUAUUUACCCACAAUGCGCGCAUCACGUGAGUGUUGUUAUUGUAUAGCAGCAGACUGGAGCAGAGCUGAGAUGGAGCGUGUGUGCGUGAUUCUGGUGCUGCUGGGGGCUUCUGUGUGGGGGCUGGCUGUGCCUCCUGUGUGGACCCAGCCAGAGCAGGUUCACCUGUCUUACCCAGGAGCAUCUGGCUCCAUGCUGGUCACCUGGACCACAUUCAACCAGACGGAGAGCUGGGUGGAGUAUGGGCUGGGGGGGCAGCGCGUGCUCCAGAGGAGGGCCCAGGGCCGGGCCACCCUGUUCGUAGACGGGGGAGAGGAGAAGAGGAGGAUGUACAUCCACAGAGUCACGCUCAUAGACCUCAAACCUGCGGCGGCCUACGUGUACCACUGUGGCAGUGAUCUGGGCUGGAGCGACAGGUUUGCUUUCACAGCCCUGAACGACAGCACCAGCUUCAGCCCCAGGGUGGCCCUGUACGGGGACCUGGGCAACGCCAACCCCCAGUCACUGGCUCGUCUCCAGAAGGAGACCCAGCAAGGCAUCUAUGAUGCCAUCCUGCACUUAGGGGACUUUGCAUAUGAUAUGGAUGAGGAUAAUGGCCGGAUAGGAGAUGAGUUUAUGAGACAGAUUCAGUCUAUCGCUGCCUACCUGCCCUACAUGACCUGUCCUGGCAACCACGAGGCCUCAUACAACUUCUCAAACUACAGGAAUCGAUUCAGCAUGCCCGGCCAGACAGAGAGUCUGUGGUACAGCUGGAACAUAGGACCAGCCCACAUCAUCUCCCUCUCUACAGAGGUGUACUUCUACCUCUCCUACAGUCAGGAGCUCAUCUUCAAGCAGUACGCCUGGCUGAAGAUGGACCUUGAGGAAGCUAACAAGCCAGAGAACCGCGCGGCUCGUCCCUGGAUCAUCACGAUGGGACACAGACCCAUGUACUGCUCUGACGACGACCAGGAUGACUGCACCAAGUUUGACAGCUUCGUCAGACGGGGGCGGAAAGACAUCAGCCCCCCGGCCCCCGGUCUGGAGGAUCUCUUCUACCUGCACGGGGUGGACGUGGAACUGUGGGCCCAUGAGCACACAUACGAGAGGCUGUGGCCCGUCUACGGUGACAAGGUAUUGAACGGGAGCUCUGAUCUGCCGUAUGUGAACCCCAAGGCUCCUGUCCACAUCAUCACAGGCUCUGCUGGCUGCAGAGAGAAACACGACCAGUUCAACCCCAACCCUAAAGACUGGAGCGCCCUGCGCAGCACGGACUACGGUUACACACGUAUGCAGGUGGUCAACAACACACACCUGUACCUGGAGCAGGUGUCGGACGACCAGCAUGGCCAGGUGAUCGACAGCAUCUGGGUGGUGAAGGACAAGCAUGGCUUCUCAGCCUGGUUCUGAAUUGUUCUCCUGGUUCUCAAUGGUUCUCCAGCCCAACCCAACGUCUACUCCACUCCGGAAACGCACUUUUAAUAACCCAAUCAUGCUGUUGAACACUGCACUUUAACUCCUAUCAGAGCAAUCAAGAGACUGAUUCCCCAAGAAUAGAAAAGCUUAUUAUACACUGUGGCUGAUGUUCACCCAGAGCUUUUUUGUAAUAAGGUCCAUGUGUUUAUUAUUGGGUAGGAGGGGUCAGAGGAAACUGCUUACAUUUACAUUGUUUGCUGUACUUUAGGAAACAGGAAAUUUGUAAUUACCAAAAUCAUGAUGGAAUGGAUGAAUCAGUUUGACCCAGUUGGAAAUCUGAAGACCUCUCUAUCUUCUCCAACAAUGCUAUCAUUUAGUCAUUUAGCAGACGCUCUUAUCCAGAGGCCAGAGCGACUUACAGUAAGUACAGGGACAUUCUCCCCGGGGCAAGUAGGGUGAAUUGCCUUGCCCAAGGACACAACGUCAUUCGGCAGGGCCGGGAAUCGAACUAACAACCUUCUGAUUAAUAGCCCGACUCCCUAACCGCUCAGCCAUCUGACCCCCUACCAUAAUUCCAUGAACCUUAAAAAGCUGAAUGCCAACAGACUCUAACCUGAUCAGGAACCUCUGUUUUAAAGUCUUUAUAUGUUUUUCUUUCAUGUGUGUCAGAAUGGGACCAACAGACUUUUUAUAAUCCAGUGAAGAUGAAUGUAAAUCAUCCAGUGAAAAUGAAUAGGAAUGUUAAUGGCACUACAGCUCUGUUGUCUUUGAAUGCUGUGUUAUAAACAGUGCACCUCAAAUCUGUAGCAGUAUUUGUAAUGAGCUUCAAUCAAUUCUGCUGCACCAUUUUUAUUUUAUUUUUUUCAAAUUCGUAUUUCCAGUGAUGGCCUGGCAAUAAGCACAAGCUUUUUGAGGGAGAGGGGAAGGGGGCUAAGGAAGAAAAUCAGGUUAAAAGGCACAAUGGCACACAAGCACAGCAGUACAACAUACAGGAAAAAGCUUGAAAAACUAAAAAAAAAACAAGCAGG